GGAGGCGGAGACGUGUCCUUUCCUGGCUGAACUUGUGUGAGGUGUCAGUAGGACGACAGACAGACUUUAUUAAAGUUUCUGCCCUGCUGGUGUCCCGCUCCAGACAUGCCCCCCAGCGCGCAACUGAAGGAGGCGAUAGCCGAUGUGCAGGAGGGGAUCCGUGCCAUCCUGCUCGGACCCCCCGGAGCCGGGAAGGGGACUCAGGCCCCGCGGUUAGCAGAGCGGUACUGUGUGUGCCACCUGGCCACCGGGGACAUGCUGAGGGCCAUGGUGGCCUCCGGCUCGCAGCUCGGCAAGAAGCUCAAGGAGACCAUGGACGCUGGCAAACUGGUCAGUGAUGAGAUGGUGGUGGAGCUCAUAGAGAAGAACCUGGACUCUCCGCCCUGCAGCAACGGCUUCCUGUUGGACGGAUUCCCUCGCACAGUCAAACAAGCAGAGAUGCUGGACGAUUUGUUGGACAAGAGACAAGAGAGCCUGGACUCGGUGAUCGAGUUCUCCGUCGACGACUCUAUGUUGGUCCGCAGGAUCUGUGGAAGACUAAUUCAUCAGCCGAGUGGCCGCUCCUACCACGAGGAGUUCAACCCCCCCAAAGAGCCCAUGAAGGAUGACCUGACAGGCGAGCCGCUCAUCCGCCGCAGCGACGACAACGAGAAGACGCUGCAUUCCCGUCUGGAUUCCUACCACCGGCAGACCGUCCCUCUGGUGAAGUACUACAGCGCCCGGGGCCUGCACGCGGCCGUCAACGCCUCCCUGAGUCCCAAUGUGGUCUUCGCCUCCAUCGUAGCUGCCUUCUCCAACGCCACGGAACUCCCCGCCCUCGCCGUCGCCUCUGGUUGAAAGCUGAGCGGCUACAUUCCCACCAUGGAGGAGGGUUGGAUUUGGAAAAAGAUCUCCAGUUGGUUGACAGACAAAGGGGGUUCAGUUAAUAUAAGGAAUCCUUAGACUUUGUAAAAGUUAAGGUUAAUGUUGCGGUGCUGUCGGGCUCACAGUGGUCAUAUUCCUCAUGUUUACCCUUCUAAUAAAAAUCAUGCUUUCCUACAAUAUUUA